AUGUUGGUAGAGUUCCUUGUCAAUUCUCUGAAGAAUAUUCAGCAUCUGCUCCCUUGUCAGCCUCUUGAAUCCUGGUCUUUGACAUCUGGGACAUCUACAGGGACCAACAAUGGUCUAGAGCCUCAAACAUGCUUCUGCGUGGAUCAUUCUGUGAAAGAACAGUAA